UCCUUACUGCAAACGCUGUAGAGGAUUCAUCUCACAAGUGAAUAAACCCCAUCAGAGAAAAUUCUCUGACAGGAGAAACGAAUCAUGAAUCUCGUUGCCGGAGCCGGAGCCGGAGGCGUUUCCGGCGACGAUAUUUCAUCGUCUUCGCCAUUAUCUGAAUGGUCCUUCGUCGUUUCUCGGCGGUACCAAUACCUCCUCGACAAAUCGAUGCCGCACGUUCUCCGCCGAUGGAUCGCAUUCUCGAUUCUCGUCAUCAUCUACGCUUUACGCGUCUUCUUCCUACAAGGCUAUUAUAUCAUCACCUAUGGCCUCGGCAUCUACAUCCUUCAGCUCUUCAUCAUGUUCCUUUCUCCUCAGGUUGAUCCUGAGAUCGAAGAACUUAUGGAUGGACCGACGCUCCCUACUCGUGGAUCUGACGAGUUCCGUCCGUUUGUUCGUCGCCUUCCGGAAUUCAAGUUCUGGUAUUCCCUAAUGAAAGGCUUCUGCGUUGCCUUUGUGCUAACUUUCUUCAGUAUGUUCGAUGUUCCUGUAUUUUGGCCUAUUCUUUUGGUUUAUUGGAUGGUUCUAUUCUUCUCUACUAUGAAGAGGCAGAUACUUCACAUGGUCAAAUAUAAAUAUGUUCCCUUCUCCUUUGGCAAGAAGCAAUACAUGGGGAAGAAAACGGCUUCUUCAAAUGACACAGACAUCAAAUCAUAAUGUAUUUUUUCUGUUCAUUUUAUGACGAAAACAUGGUUAGUUUAUGUUUAUCAUUCAUGGGAUUAUUUUUCUGACAAGAAAUUAGUUUCACCUUGGUUCAGUUAGUUUUCGUAUGUAUAAAGACCCCAUUACGUUUGGAAAUUUUAUAGAGUGGAUAUUCUUGUUGGUUAA